AUUUGACACAAAACUUCAUCUAAGAAUUACCGAAUUUGAAAUUGUGGAUAACUUUUACAUGAAGUCUUAUGAACAUUUUUCUUUCGAGAUGAAUAUACUAGGCUUUACAUCAAAAGGAACAACAUAAGUGAUGACAAUAAUUAGAUUGCCUGCGUAGCAUAGCUCAUAGAUAGUUAAUUCCAAAAUAACUAAUUAAAUUUAGCGGUGUGAAUAGAGCUUUCAUGUUUUUAUUCAUUGUACAACGCUAAACUUUUUAAACUCAAAUUUGGUUUGACUGAACGCACCCAGCACAGCUGUUAUUUUGUCAAUAUAACCUUAAAAAUAUUAAUACUGCAAAUUAUUUAACUUAUUUAAAAUGUCUUUUCUCUGUAAAAUAAAUAAAUUAUCAAUUAAUCACAUAAAAUUAAUAAAUCCGUACAGUAAAAAUAUUUGUAGACUACUUAGUGAUAACGUCAAUACAGAAACUGAAUCAACAACAUCAAAUGUAAAAGGAGGAUUUGCUCGUGCAUUUGAAAAAUACACAUCGCCAGCAGUAGAAGAAAAACCAGCGGAAACAAGAACAUUUGCAUCACUUUUAAGACAUUCAAAGUUUAUAGAUCUAGGUGAUCCUGAGGGCAAAAUAGUAAGCGGUAAAAUAUUUCAUGUCGUUGAUGACGACUUAUAUAUAGAUUUUGGUUGGAAAUUCCAUUGUGUAUGCACUAGGCCAGCACGUAAUGGAUCUGAAUAUGUGCGAGGUGCUCGUGUACGCAUAAGAAUUAAAGAUUUAGAAUUAUCAACCAAAUUCUUAGGUUCUAAUAAAGAUUUGACGAUUUUAGAAGCUGAUUGUCAAUUACUUGGUUUAAUAAAACCUGUAAAACAAGAUACACAAAAAAUUACAGCA